GUUUAACAGCAAUUCCUCCAUUCAUCUCCAAGAUCUGAAAUGCCCCGUUAAUUCUCUCUCUCUCUCUCUCUCUCUCUCUCUCUGCUUUCUCUCUCCCCCUGUGAAUCACCAGAGGUACUCUCUUUUCCAGUUUGGCUCUGAUUUUUCUAUGCUGAAUUUACUGGAUGCCUUGAUUGUAUAUUCGCAAUCAAAUUUCGGAUUGUUAGGUCAAAUGAGAUGAUAGAGGGGGAGGGGGCUGAGGAGAAACCAAUCUCUGCGUUCUCCUCUCCGUCUGAUCCGCCGCACGAUCGAGAAUCGGACGGUGGAGAUGAGUUGUCGGACUACUCCUCUUGCGGAGGCGAAUCGGAGUUCGAUAGGUACUGUAGCGCCAACUCAGCUAUGGGCACCCCUAGUUUUGGUGGCAGCUCAUUUCAUGAAUCUGAUUUCGGGUCGUUGAAAAGCUUCAAACUUGGGGCUGAAAACCCUAAUUUGAAGAAUUCUGGGGUCGAGAGGGUGUUGUACGGUUAUCGGGGGGGAUCCGAGAGUGGGAGUUGCUCCGGUAGGGGAGAUGAGUUUUCGAUUGAUGGGAAGGAUAAGGGGAUGCUGAAUUCGUCUUUGAGUAAUGUUGAUUUUGAAAGAAAUUUUAGUUUCGAGAAUAAUUGGGGGAAUAAGGAUGUAAUUGGGAAUAGUGAGGGAAGUGCAACAAUCGCAGGCGAUUUUCCGGAUAUUGGAGAUGUUAGGAGUGGUGAGAGAGGGUUUGAUGAGAGAGAAGAAUUGGAAAAUGAUGGAGGUGAGUGUACGAACCUAUCAAAUGAGGAUGGAACUUCGUCGAAGUAUGAGCAUUCGGAUGGUGACGAUUCGAUGUUUGGAUGUGGAAGUGAUGAUGAUCGGAAUACUAACACGUACUUUGGGAAUAAUUUACCUUUUCGUGGUGAAGAAAGUGUGAGAAAAGAAAAUCAGUUGACUAUGAAUUCUGCUGUGGCCUUUGGUGCUGAUGAUUGGGAUGAUUUUCUUGAAGAAACCAGGGAAAAUUCUACAGGUACAAUUGUUUGGGAUGGAAUUCGGGCUGAAAGACAGAAUGGUAUUGACUCUUUAAGCUACACUUCUGAUAAGUCUGUUGCACAUUCUAAUAUAAUUUUCGAAGGACGAGAGAGUGAGGUUAGAAGUACUCCUGCAGCUUCUAAUCAAGUUGGAGCUAGUUGUAAAUCUGCGGAGACAAAUGUGAGUGCUUUAUCCACAAAUUCAGCCAAUGUUGUGAAACUCGAUGUAGUAUCUGAAGAUGCGAUAGGUGUGCUUGCUUCAAACAAUCAAGUCAGUGAUAUCGAUGAAUUGAAUGAAUAUCUUGGAUACAGCCCCUGUCACAAUAUUUUUCAAAUAAAUGUGGAUCCACUGAAACAAGAAGCAUCUACAAAUGAGUUAUCGAGAACUGUUGGAACUGAAUUAGAAAUGGACAUUCAAGACACGCCUACGAGUGAGAUCAUGGCCAUUCGUCAGGAUAUUCUAUUAAGGAACGAGAAUUUACACGAAACAAAAAUAGAAUUGGACCCUGUUUCUGUAUCUGUGGAGAAUCUCCAUAUCGUGGUUCCAGGAACAAGUAAAGAAGAUAAAGAGGCCAAAUUAUUUGGUGACGCGUUAGUUGAUACCACUACAAGUGACACAGCCAAGAAGAGAUUUUAUUCUGCAUUGGAUCAAAUUGACGAUCAUUUUGUGCCGGUUAAGACAAGGGAUUUCGAGUUGAAUGAUUUGUAUGACGAAAUUGUUAAUGAUAUGGAAGAUAUAUUACUUGACUCGGUUGAGUCUCCCGUUUCUAGGUUCAGCCAUGGUUCCAAGAUAUACCAACGCCAAUUUACUCGACCAUCAAGAGAUGGCGGCUCUAGUGCUUCUACAUCUGGCACAGAUCAUGCUUAUAACUGGAUUGAUCAACCUCUUAGAAUCGAUAAAAUCGAGGUUGUGGGCACAAGGCAAAAGAAAGGGGAAGUUUCAUUCAGUGAGCGACUAGUUGGAAUCCAAAAAUACACAGUGUACAAGAUAAGAGUGUGGAGCGGUGAAGAACACUGGGAAGUGGAGCGUCGUUAUCGUGAUUUUAGUAUUCUGUAUUAUCGAUUGAAGAAACUAUUUGCUGACCAUGGUUGGACCCUUCCUUCACCCUGGUCUUCUGUCGAAAGAGAAUCAAGAAAGCUUUUUGGUAAUGCAUCUCCAGAUGUUGUUGCAGAUAGAAAAGUUCUAAUCGAAGAGUGUUUACAAUCUGUUAUCCACCCGAAAUUUUCGUCCAGCUCACUCAAUGCUCUCGUCUGUUUCCUUUCUUCAUCAGAAGUCCCUGAUUCUCUUGAAUCUGAUAAAAAUGUAACACAGUCACCAGUUCUCAAUAAAGGCCCACAGAUGGAAAAUCUUUCCUCAUUGGGAAAGACCAUUUCACUUGAUGUUGAAAUUCACCCUUUAAAAGCAACCAAACAGAUGCUAGAUGCACAACAUUAUAGAUGUGCAGGAUGCUAUAGAAAUUUUGACGAUGGAGUAACAAGAGUGCAGGAAUUUGUACAGGCACUAGGAUGGGGCAAACCUCGUCUUUGUGAAUACAGUGGCCAGUUAUUCUGCUCGUCGUGCCAUAAUAAUGAUACUGCUGUAUUGCCUUCCAGAGUUCUGCAUUAUUGGGAUUUUACUCGAUAUCCGGUAUCCCAACUGGCUAAAUCAUUUUUGGAUUCUAUUAAUGACCAGCCAAUGCUUUGUGUGAGUGCCGUUAAUCCUUUCCUAUUUUCAAAAGUCCCAACGUUGCAGCACGUUGCAAAUAUCAGAAACAGAAUAAGAGCAAUGUUACCAUAUGUUCGUUGUCCAUUUCGUAGAUCCAUAUAUAAAGGUCUCGGAUCUCGGAGGUAUCUUCUUGAUAGCAAUGAUUUUUUUGCUCUAAAAGACCUCAUCGAUCUCUCCAAGGGGGUUUUUGCAGCAUUACCAGUCAUGGUUGAAACCGUCUCUCGGAAAAUUCUAGAACACAUAACCGAACAGUGCCUUGUAUGUUACGAUGUUGGUAUUCCCUGCAGUGCUCGACAAGACUGCAUCACUCCACUUUAUCUCAUUUUUCCCUUUCAGGAAGGAGAGGUCGAAAAGUGCAGAUCUUGUGAAUCGGUUUUCCACAAGGAUUGCUUCAAGAAACUAGCUACUUGUCAUUGUGGUGCUCGUUUCAAGAAAGACGAGAUGAAGCAGAGUUUGAAUAAUGAAAUAAUACAUAAUAAUGUUGAUAGCAGUUUGAAUUUAACCGGAGGAACAUCGGAACCCAGUAGUGGACUUCUUGCCGGCUUGUUCUCCAAGGUGGUUUCCAUUAGGUUCCAGAAUCUUAGAAACGAGGAGUCGAAAGAUAACGUUAUUUUGAUGGGUUCAUUACCAAACACCUCCCUCUGAAACUUCAUCGUAUGGGCUUGUUGAAGGUACUUGAUGUUUUUACCUCCCGUUUCUUAAUUCAUACACCGUAAUGUACUGUUUUGCUAUACUGUCUCGAAUUAGUCAUCAUCUACCAAGUGUAUUCUUUUUGACCUAGUUGCGGUGUAGGUUUGAUUUUCUCUGUAUAUACAAUGUUUCAAAGUGUAAAUGUGUUUUUGUAUGAUGGAUUUUGGCGAUAAAUGUUUUUGGCUAA